AUGACCCUUAAAAGAAAUUAUCCGUCUGAAUUCGUAAAAAGAAAAAAGAAGCAAAGAGUCGAAAAAUUAGUCGAGUGUCAAAGAGGAGCUAUUGAUAAAUUCUUUACAAGUGACAAACAAAUAGAACAAUCGGUUGAAGACUUAAAUAGUGAAGAAUUUGAAACUUUGGUGAAUAAUGAUAAUGAAAAUUUGGUGGAUGAAGAAGGAAAUGGGGAAUUUGGGAGUGCCGAAGCCAAUCAAGAUGAUAAGAUGAAUACGGAAUGUGAGCAUUCAAAUAUAGAUGAUCCAGGGACUUGGAAAAUAAUUGACCAGAAUUUACGAGAUCUUUUAGUCGAAAUAGGUCCCAUGAGAAGAAAUUGUGAGUUCAACUUCCCUAAGGAUGAUUCUUCUAGGCAUAGGCAUUUCUCACCUGUUCAUUACAUUCGGCAUUUACCAGAUGGAGAAAAAUUUGAUAGGGCAUGGCUGAUAUACUCAGAACUUUUGGAUAGAGUAUUUUGCUUUUGUUGUAAGUUGUUUAAGCAAGAGGGAAAUAAGACUCAAUUGGCUACCAAAGGAUUUAAAGACUGGAGAAAUAUUGGUGAGAGACUUAAAGGCCAUGAAAGUGGUAACGAGCACAUUACUUGCAUGAGCAAAUGGAUUGAGUUGGAGGAAAGAUUAGGAAAGCAUCAAACAAUAAAUAAAAGUAUGCAAGAACAAGUUAACAAAGAAAAAGAGCACUUGAGACGGGUUUUAUUGAUGAUAAUUGCAGUUGUAAAGACACUUGCCAAGAAUAAUUUGCCUUUUCGUGGAAGCCAUGAGAAGAUUUAUGAAGAGAGCAAUGGACUUUUUUUAAGCAUAAUUGAAAUGAUUGGCGAGUUUGAUCCAACGAUGGAACAACACUUGCGGCGGAUAGAAAAGGGUGAGAUUCAUUACCAUUAUCUGAGUCAUAAAAUUCAAAAUGAGGUCAUACAAAUGUUAAUCAAACUAGCAAAAUACUUUUCGGUCAUACUUGAUUCAACAUCGGAUAUAAGCCAUCAAGAACAAAUGUCUCUUGUCAUACGAUGUGUGGAUGUUUCAACAAGUCCAAUUAAAGUGAAAGAGUUUUUCUUGGAAUUCUUGAAUGUGGAUGAUACAUCGGGGAUGAGACUUUUUGAUAAACUUCAAGAAGCAUUAGUUAACCUUCAACUUGAUAUUGGUGACUUAAGAGGGCUCGGCUGA